CCUGUCGGGAGUUGUAGUCCCAAGGCGGCGGCCGCGCGCGGCGGCGAAGAUGCGGGGCACCGCCUGUCCCCGCCUCCCCCUAACCUGCUAGCGCGAGGUGGGGAGCAUUGGGGAGGAGGCGUCGGGUCGGUGAUUGGCCGAGGCCGCCUCCAGCCCCCACCCACGUCCCCUCCCCAGCUCCGGGCUUCCGACUCCAGCGCCCCGCGCGCCAAGGCGGCGAUCGAGCGAGCGCGCGUGCAGCCGCCGCCGCCCCGAGCACCCGCAGCUCCCGCGCCGCGGCGAGACCGAGGAGAGACGGACCGACCGACGGACCCUCGCAGCCGCAGCAUCCCGGAGGAGAACAUGCUUGCCAAUUCAGGCAGCGUGAGGAUUCUCAUCAAGGGAGGCAAGGUGGUGAACGAUGAUUGCACCCACGAGGCUGAUGUCUACAUCGAGAAUGGCAUCAUCCAGCAGGUGGGCCGUGAGCUCAUGAUCCCUGGAGGGGCCAAGGUGAUCGAUGCCACUGGGAAGCUGGUGAUCCCUGGAGGCAUUGACACCAGCACCCACUUCCAUCAGACCUUCAUGAACGCUACAUGUGUGGAUGACUUCUACCACGGGACCAAGGCGGCGCUAGUUGGAGGAACCACCAUGGUCAUCGGCCACGUCCUGCCCGAUAAGGAGACCUCCCUGGUGGACGCCUACGAGAAGUGCCGGGGUCUGGCCGACCCCAAGGUCUGCUGUGACUACGCCCUGCACGUGGGGAUCACCUGGUGGGCACCCAAGGUGAAAGCGGAAAUGGAGACACUGGUAAGGGAGAAGGGUGUCAACUCGUUCCAGAUGUUCAUGACCUACAAAGACUUGUGCAUGCUCCGGGACAGUGAGCUUUACCAAGUGUUGCACGCUUGCAAGGACAUUGGAGCGAUCCCCCGAGUCCAUGCUGAGAAUGGGGAGCUCGUGGCCGAGGGUGCCAAGGAGGCGCUAGAUUUGGGUAUCACAGGCCCAGAAGGAAUCGAGAUCAGCCGCCCAGAGGAGUUGGAAGCUGAAGCCACUCACCGAGUUAUCACCAUUGCAAACAGGACUCACUGCCCGAUCUACCUGGUCAACGUGUCCAGCAUCUCGGCCGGUGAGGUUAUCGCAGCUGCUAAGAUGCAAGGGAAGGUUGUGCUGGCCGAGACCACCACGGCGCAUGCCACGCUGACCGGCUUACACUACUACCACCAGGACUGGUCCCACGCGGCCGCCUACGUCACGGUGCCUCCGCUGAGACUGGACACCAACACCUCAACCUACCUCAUGAGCCUGCUGGCCAAUGAUACUCUGAACAUUGUGGCAUCAGAUCACCGGCCUUUCACUACGAAGCAGAAAGCUAUGGGCAAGGAGGACUUCACCAAGAUCCCGCAUGGAGUGAGUGGUGUGCAGGACCGCAUGAGCGUCAUCUGGGAGAGAGGAGUGGUUGGAGGAAAGAUGGACGAGAACCGUUUUGUGGCCGUUACCAGCUCCAAUGCAGCAAAGAUUCUCAACCUGUAUCCCCGCAAGGGCCGCAUCAUCCCUGGAGCCGAUGCCGACGUGGUAGUGUGGGAUCCAGAAGCCACCAAGACCAUUUCAUCCAGCACCCAGGUGCAGGGAGGAGACUUCAACCUGUACGAGAACAUGCGCUGCCAUGGCGUCCCGCUGGUCACCAUCAGCCGUGGGCGAGUCGUGUACGAGAACGGCGUCUUCAUGUGUGCUGAGGGCACUGGCAAGUUCUAUCCCCUGAGGUCCUUCCCGGACACUGUCUACAAGAAGCUAGUCCAGAGAGAAAAGACCUUAAAGGUUAGGGGAGUGGACCGUACGCCCUACCUGGGGGAUGUAGCCGUCGUUGUGCAUCCUGGGAAAAAGGAGAUGGGCACGCCGCUCGCAGACACCCCCACCCGGCCCGUUACCCGACACGGGGGCAUGAGGGACCUUCAUGAGUCCAGCUUCAGCCUCUCUGGUUCUCAAAUCGACGACCACGUUCCAAAGCGAGCUUCGGCUCGGAUCCUCGCUCCCCCCGGAGGCAGGUCAAGCGGCAUUUGGUAAAGGCACCGACCAGCCCCCCAAGUGAGGACGCACCACUGCCACCAGCCCGCACACCCUCCGGCCACGGCUGCAGGGGGCGGGAGAGGCUGGGCCGGGCGGCACACCACCUGAGGGGGCCACGGGACCCGGGGAGCCCUCCCCAUGUCUGACCCGUGAUUCACUGUGCUUCGAGCCAACCCUAACAGGCACUUUG